UGGCGGACAGAGCUGUCAGUUAAGCAGUUUAUGGGGUUUGUUUGGCUGGAAACGCCGCAAUGUAUACAGGGCUUCAGACGUGAGACCAGGACGAACAACAAGUGGUCCCAUUAGUUAUUACCGCUAGGACCUUUCUGAAGGUUUAUAACCAGUCAGGUGUGUGUCGGUCAAGAUGGCCCAGUGGAACCAGUUGCAGCAGCUGGAGACCAGGUAUCUGGAGCAGCUCUACCACCUGUACAGCGACAGCUUUCCCAUGGAGCUGCGGCAGUUCCUCGCACCGUGGAUUGAAAGUCAGGACUGGACUUUCGCCGCCAACAAGGAGUCUCACGCCACGCUGGUGUUCCACAAUCUCCUGGGCGAGAUAGACCAGCAGUAUAGCCGCUUCCUGCAGGAGAACAACGUCCUCUACCAGCACAACCUGCGGCGGAUCAAGCAGCACCUGCAGAGCAAGUACCUGGAGAAGCCCAUGGACAUCGCCCGCAUCGUCGCCCGCUGCUUGUGGGAGGAGCAACGACUGCUGCAGACGGCCACCGCUGCUGCGCAGGACGGACAGGCCGCACACCCCACAGGGACGGUGGUGACGGAAAAGCAGCAAAUCCUGGAACACAAUCUUCAAGACAUCCGGAAACGAGUGCAGGACAUGGAACAGAAGAUGAAGAUGCUGGAGAAUCUUCAGGACGACUUUGAUUUCAACUACAAGACACUGAAAAGCCAAGGAGAGUUGAACCAGGACCUGAACGGGAAUAGCCAGGCGGCAGCUACCAGGCAGAAAAUGGCUCAGCUGGAGCAGAUGUUGAGUACCCUGGACCAGCUCAGGCGGCAAAUUGUGACAGAGAUGGGAGGCUUGCUGACCGCAAUGGACUACGUACAGAAGAAUCUGACAGACGAAGAACUGGCCGACUGGAAGCGACGACAACAAAUCGCCUGCAUCGGAGGUCCGCCUAACAUCUGCCUGGACCGCCUCGAAACAUGGAUCACGUCCUUGGCCGAGUCCCAGCUCCAGAUUCGGCAGCAGAUCAAGAAGCUGGAGGAGCUUCAACAGAAAGUGUCCUAUAAGGGAGAUCCCAUCGUCCAGCACCGGCCCGCCCUCGAGGAGAAGAUCGUGGACUUGUUCAGAAAUCUCAUGAAGAGUGCGUUUGUGGUGGAAAGACAGCCUUGCAUGCCCAUGCACCCAGACAGACCACUGGUCAUCAAAACAGGUGUGCAGUUCACAAACAAAGUCAGGCUUCUUGUGAAGUUCCCUGAACUCAAUUACCAGCUGAAAAUUAAAGUUUGCAUUGACAAGGAGUCUGGGGACGUGGCUGCAAUCAGAGGGUCCAGAAAGUUCAACAUCCUCGGCACCAACACCAAAGUCAUGAAUAUGGAGGAGUCGAACAACGGCAGCCUGUCAGCUGAGUUCAAACACUUGACCCUGAGAGAGCAGCGGUGCGGCAACGGUGGACGCACCAACAGUGACGCGUCUCUUAUCGUCACAGAGGAGCUCCAUCUGAUCACCUUUGAGACGGAAGUCUAUCACCAAGGCCUGAAGAUUGAUCUGGAGACGCAUUCGCUGCCCGUGGUGGUCAUAUCAAACAUCUGCCAGAUGCCAAACGCCUGGGCGUCCAUCUUAUGGUACAACAUGCUCACUGACCAGCCAAAGAAUGUGAACUUCUUCACCAAGCCACCGGUGGGGACGUGGGACCAGGUGGCCGAAGUGCUCAGCUGGCAAUUCUCAUCCACCACGAAGAGAGGCCUGACCAUUGAGCAGCUGACCACACUGGCCGAGAAACUGCUAGGGCCAUCUGUCAACUACUCCGGCUGUCAGUUUACAUGGGCGAAGUUCUGUAAGGAGAACAUGGCCGGCAAAGGCUUUUCUUUCUGGGUGUGGCUGGACAACAUCAUCGACCUGGUCAAGAAAUACAUCUUGGCGCUGUGGAAUGAGGGGUACAUCAUGGGCUUCAUCAGCAAAGAGAGAGAGAGGGGCAUUCUCAGCCCCAAACCGCCGGGCACGUUCCUGCUGCGCUUCAGCGAGAGCAGCAAGGAAGGCGGCAUCACGUUCACGUGGGUCGAGAAAGACAUCAACGGCAAGACUCAGAUCCAGUCAGUGGAGCCCUACACCAAGCAGCAGCUCAACAACAUGUCCUUCGCCGACAUCAUCAUGGGCUACAAAAUCAUGGACGCCACCAACAUCCUGGUUUCGCCCCUCGUGUACCUCUACCCUGAAAUUCCCAAGGAGGAAGCCUUCGGGAAGUACUGCAGGCCGGAGGCGGCUCCCGAACCCGAGUUGGGAGACUCCACGAGCAUUACUCAGCCGUACUUGAAGACCAAGUUUAUUUGCGUUACCCCGUGUCCCUCCGUGUUCAUGGACUUUCCGGACAGUGAGCUGCUUGGGAACGGAUUCCCGGGCACAAACUCUGGCAAUACCAGCGACCUUUUCUCACUCUCGCUUUCCCCUCGCACCUUGGACUCGCUGAUGCCCAACGACGCGGAGGGUAAUCCAGGACAUAUGGAAUCUCUGACUCUGGAUAUGGAUGUUGCUUCGCCCAUGCACGUGAAUACCUCCAACUUGGUUUGAGUUUCAUAGAGCAUUUGUGGCUUAAAGAUGAUAAAAUAUUAUUCUUGUUCCCACUUUUACGGUUGAUUGUGCUCUUUCACCUUCAACGUUCAACAGUUUCCUGACAUGGUGACAAAUAUGAUAUCCCGUUUCAGUUUUAAGUAAUAUGUUUAGAAACGAAUGUGUGUGUCAUGAGAGAUUAAUUGUCAUAUAAGCUAUGUCACUGUUUUUUUUUUAAAAGUACUUUUGUUUCUCACUUUUUAUCCCUGCCAAAUGUAAUUAUGCAAAUGUAGCAGUCGCCGUUUUUACCACAUUCAUUUUCAAGCACUAUAAAAUAUAACGUGUACAUAAUUCCGUUUUAUUAUCACACUUUUCUCUUAUUCUGUUAACACAUUUGCUUUGGAUCUGGCCUGUUUGUGAUUUUCUCCUGACAUAUUUGGUGUUAAAAAUCUCUCCAGCUUUUUCCAAAUGACUGUUUUGAGCUCAACAGCCAUGUUAGACAAAUUGUUACCUGUACAAAAACAAAUGUUAAUGUUACUAUUCAUUAUAUUUAGACAAUAAAAAUGAAUUCACCCUGAAA